AUGCCUCUGAAACAGGACGACCAAGGUCGUCAGGUCGUCCCAAUUGUGGUUGAUAACAACGAGGAGCCAAUCAACAGCGACCGCGUGUUUCCAGUCACCAAUGCCGCCUCCGGGGAAGUCGUUCACUACUAUGCGGGUGCAGAUGUAGCUACUUGCGAUCGAGCUUGCGAAGCCGCGUGGAAGGCCUUUCAGGACUGGAGAAAGUCCCCCGUGGCCCGACGUCGUGAUCUUCUACUCAGAGUCGCACAGCUCUACGAGGAACGCCUCGAUGACCUUGUUCAAGCUCAAAUGAAGGAGACGUCCUGUCAAGAAUCCUGGGCCAAAUUCAACGUUCUGGCAUCGACCAAUUACAUCAAGGAAUUUGCAGCGUGUGUGAGCAGCGUUAAGGGUGUCAUACCGCCGACUGAUAAGCCGGACACCAUGACAUUUGUCUUCAGAGAACCCAUUGGACCUUUUCUGAUCAUUCCUCCUUGGAACGCCGCUGUGGUUUUGUCUACUCGUGCUAUCAGUGCUGCAAUUGUCUCUGGUUGUACAGCAGUCCUCAAGGCAUCUGAGCUAUCGCCUUUGACCCAUUCCAUCAUUGCAGACAUCUUCCGGAAAGCAGGCUGUCCACCAGGAGUCCUCAACACUGUACAAGCCUCGCGAGAAGAUGCCGCUGCUGUGACCGAGAGCAUGAUCGCCAAUGACCACAUUCGCAAGAUUGAGUUCAUUGGAAGUGCAGCAGUCGGCCGUAUCAUCGGCGCAACAGCAGCGAAACACCUCAAACCUACACUCCUCGAACUGGGGGGAAAGUGCCCAGCGAUCGUGCUAGAUGAUGCAAAUUUGGAACAAGCCGCUUCCCUAUGCGCCAAAGGUGCUCUCGCACAUCAUGGACAGAUCUGUUUCAGCACCGAACGCAUCAUUGUGCAGCGCAGUAUAGCGGACAGAUUCAACGACCUUCUCAUCGAGCAGUUCAAAAGCACACCCGGCGGAAUGGCAGUCUCGAAAUCCAUUGCACAAAACGCCAUUGACAUUCUCAAGGACGCGAAAGACAAAGGAGCAAAGUUCCUUUACGGAGAUGGUGGAGAUGACGGAAAGUGUUCCAUCCACCCCACAAUCGUGCUCGUGGACCCAAAGACAUCACCGGAGCACCUUCGCAUCGUUGACGAAGAAACAUUCGGCCCCAGCGUCAGUGUCUACAUCGUAGAGGAUGAUAAGCAAGCUAUCCAACUUGCCAAUCGUAGUGCCUACGGUCUCAAUGCCGCCAUUCACACACAAAACUUGGAGCGUGCCAUCAAGAUGGGUAGAGAAUUGGAGUAUGGCCAGGUACAUACCAAUUGCUCCACCGUCUAUAUCAGUCCUACUGCGCCACAAGGAGGUAUGAAAGGCAGUGGUUGGGGUCGACAGAAUGCUUCGUGGGGUCUUGAUGAGUAUUACUCUACCAAGCAGAUUAGUUGGCAUGGUAAGGACAGUGGUAAUUAG